AUGUCGGAUAACAACCCACCUCUGGACAAGAUGCAGCAGAAGAGGAAAUGGAAAAAGACGAUACAAUGGAACGUGCCAAAUAAUACAGACAAUACUAACACACCACAUUGCAAUGAAACUGAUUAUACAGAGUCUCAUGGCACUUCUAUCAAAGGUACGAUUCAUUCAGGAGUCAGUUUGGGUCCGUCCUCUUCCCAUACCUCUGCUCCUGUGCGGGCUGCUCAGGUUAUUACUAGCUCCACUUCGCAGCAGCACUGUCAGCCAACCACCUCAGUGCACAACCAGCCCUCCUCUUCUUCUGGUGUGAGACCUCUGGAUUCUAAAAGGGACGUCUCCAUUGCUGCUGCUAUUUCAUCUACACAACAUAGUGGAGAAAGGAUCGUUCACUUCUCCUUUCCAGUAGUCACGCCGUCUAAGUGCUUGGCCAUAGACUGUAAGAUGGUGGGCGCAGGUUACAAAGGCCACAUAAGCCUGCUCGCACGGUGCAGUAUUGUCUCGUAUGAUGGAGACGUGGUGUACGAUAAGUUUAUCUGCCCGAUGCUGCCCAUAACAGACUACCGCACACAAUGGAGCGGCAUCAGGAAGAGUCAUCUACACGGGGCUAUGCCAUACAACCAGGCCAGGAAAGAGAUCCUGAAGCUGCUCAUGGGGAAGGUGCUGAUUGGACAUGCCAUUCACAACAACCUCAGAGUGCUAAACUACUACCACCCAAGAACUCUGAUCAGAGACACAUCCCGGGUCCCUCUGCUCAAUGCUAUGGCUGGAUUCCCCGAGCAUCAGCCAGCUUCACUCAAGAGGCUCAUGAAGGCUAUCUUCAACAAGGACAUCCAGAUGGGGAGUAAUGGUCAUUCGUCUGUGGAGGAUGCCAGGGCCACGAUGGAGCUUUACAAAGUGGUUGAAGCGGAGUGGGAGCUGAAGAAUGACUCCGCAGCUCUGUUCAAUGGAAAAUAA